UGCUGCGGGGCUGCGCGGCACAGGUUUCCAGCCGGGCUCUUUUUCCAGCCGGGCCCCAGCAUGGCUGCCCCCAGGGCUCCGGGUUGGGGAAGCGCCGCUUUCUCGUUUUCUUGACAACCCCUGGCUUCUGUGCUCUACUUUUCUUCCUCAGGCUAUUCCAGCAGACAUGUUUGCCAAGGCCUUUCGGGUCAAGUCCAACACGGCCAUCAAGGGGUCGGACAGGAGAAAGCUUCGGGCUGAUGUGGCAGCUGCUUUCCCCACUCUUGGAACCGAUGGGGUCUCUGAGUUAGUACCUGGAAAAGAAGAGCUCAACGUUGUGAAGUUGUAUGCUCACAGAGGGGAUGCAGUGACCGUGUACGUGAGUGGUGGUAAUCCCAUCCUAUUUGAACUGGAGAAAAAUCUAUAUCCGACAGUGUACGCCCUGUGGUCAUAUCCUGAUCUUCUACCAACGUUCACAACAUGGCCUCUGGUGCUCGAAAAACUGGUGGGGGGUGCAGAUUUGAUGCUGCCAGGACUAGUGGUACCCCCUGCUGGUCUGCCUCAGGUACAGAAGGGUGACCUCUGUGCCGUUGCCUUGGUGGGAAACAGAGCCCCCGUUGCCAUCGGAGUUGCUGCCAUGUCCACGUCUGAGAUGCUGGCUUCAGGCCUGAAGGGAAGGGGCUUCUCCGUGCUCCACACAUACCAGGACCACUUGUGGCGAUCUGGAGACAAGUCCUCUCCGCCUUUCAUUGCCCCACUGGCCCUGGAUCACCCAGAUGUCAGUGAAGAGAAGGGGUCUGUCCAGGAAGACCCCACCCUGCAGGAAGAUUUGAGGCACCUGACUCUGGAGGGAGAGGAGGAGGAGAACAAUGGGGAGAAUCAGCAGGCGUGUGGGAAGAAAACGCUCCCAGGAGCCUCAGAAGACCUGAGUGUUGGGGGCCUGAACCCGGACCCCACAGACAGCAAGAUCCUUCAAGAGCAAAUGGAUGAACUGUUACAGCAGUGCUUCUUGCAUGCUCUGAAAUGCCGAGUCAAAAAGGCCGACCUCCCUUUACUUACCAGCACUUUCCUCGGCAGCCACGUGUUCUCCUGCUGCCCUGAAGGACGGCAGCUGGACAUAAAGAAGUCGAGCUACAGAAAGCUCUCUAAGUUCCUGCAGCAAAUGCAGCAGGAGCAGAUUAUACAGGUGAAGGAGCUGAGCAAAGGGGUGGAGAGCAUCGUGGCUGUGGACUGGAAACACCCGAGGAUCACAUCUUUCGUCAUACCUGAGCCCUCCCCGACCUCCCAGACUGUCCCGGAGGGUAGCAGGGAACAGCCCUAUCACCCUCCAGAUAUAAAACCCCUCUACUGUGUCCCAGCCAGCAUGACCCUGCUCUUCCAGGAGUCUGGCCACAAGAAGGGGAGCGUCCUCGAGGGCAGUGAGGUCCGAAUGAUCAUCAUUAACUACGCGAAGAAAAAUGACCUGGUCGAUGAAGACAAUAAGAAUCUCGUGAAACUGGAUCCUAUCCUAAGUGACUGCAUCUUAGAGAAAAGUGAGCAGUACACAGUCAUGAAGCUUCCAUGGGACAGCCUUCUGACGAGAUGUUUGGAAAAAUUGCAGCCUGCCUAUCAAGUGACCUUUCCUGGACAAGAGCCCAUUGUGAAGAAAGGCAAAAUCUGCCCAAUCGACAUCACCCUAGCACAGAGAGCUUCUAAUAAAAAGGUGACCAUGGUCCGGAAUUUGGAGGCCUAUGGUCUGGACCCGUGCACAGUGGCUGCCAUCCUGCAGCAGCGAUGCCAGGCUAGCACCACAGUCAGCCCUGCCCCUGGGGCCAAGGACAGCCUGCAGGUCCAGGUCCAGGGAAACCAGGUCCACCACAUCGGCCGGCUGUUGCUGGAAGAAUAUCAGCUUCCUCGAAAACACAUCCAAGGCCUAGAAAAGGCCCCCAAACCUGCCAAGAAGAAGUGACAGAUUCUUGUUUCCUUCAGUCACUCCAGUGGAAAAUCAAGCUCUGGGCUGGUCAUUUAUAGGAGCAUUUUCAGCUUUUGCAAAUAAAAAAUAUAUCUUUACCAAAAUAAA